AUGGCGCAAUUCGCCAAAUGUUGGCGAUCACUUUUAGUAGUCCUUGUCGUGAGCAGUCUCUCUUCAGCUAAAGAUGAUGCUUCCAACAAAGAUCCGCUAAUCUUCACCGUGGCUAGCAAUGCAACAGAAGGAUACUUGCGCUAUUUGCGCUCGGCAAAGCACUAUGGCCUCACGGUAACGACGCUGGGUCUGGGAAAACCGUGGCUCGGAGGAAACAUGAAAACAGUCGGCGGUGGGUACAAAAUAAACCUACUCCGUGAAGCCCUGAAGCCGUACCGAACAGAGAAAAAUCGACUAGUGCUCUUCACGGAUAGCUACGAUGUCCUAUUUCUAGCGCAAUGGGAAAAAAUUCUGGAGAAAUUUAACGCUUUCGAAGCAUCCAUCGUGUUCGGAGCGGAAGGAUUUUGUUGGCCGGAUGAAUCAUUAAAAACCGUCUAUCCAGUGCUAGAGGGUCGAGGAAUGCGAUUCUUGAACUCUGGUCUUUUUAUGGGGUACGCGGAUAAGAUUUACAAGCUUCUUAAAACACCUUCCAAGGAUACGGAGGAUGAUCAACUGUACUACACGAAGGCGUACUUGGACGAGACAUUGCGACAGGAGCUUAAUAUAAAACUCGACCACAUGGCUACACUAUUUCAGAAUUUGAACGGUGUGGAGGAGCAGGUAGUACUGUCUAUCGAACCAUCAGAGAAGGAGGCCACGUUGACCAAUAGCGAAUACAACACAAAACCGGCUAUCGUACACGGAAACGGUCCGAGCAAGCUAACGUUAAACAGCUAUGCGAACUAUUUGGCCGGUGCCUUUGUCGAUGGUGAGUGCAAAACGGUUCUGGAGGACCGUUUAACUCUUAAGGAGGAUGCGGAGCUGCCGUUAGUGACCAUGGGAUUGUUUAUCGAAAAGCCGACCCCAUUUCUUGAAGAGUGGUUUGAUAGAAUAUCCAAGCUCAAUUAUCCCAAAGAUCGAUUGGACGUUCUAGUACAUUCAAACGUGGAGUAUCAUGCUACCACGGUGAAAACUUUCGUGGAACAGCAAGAGGGACGCUACCGUUCAUUGAAGGUGAUCGAUCACGAGGCUGAUUUCACCGAAACAACCGCCCGGACAUUUGCAACGAAGCACUGCAAGCAACGGGAUUGUGGAUAUCUUUUCGUGGUCGACUCUGAGGGCCAUUUGGACAAUGAAAACGUGCUACGAUCGCUAAUUGAAAUGAAUCGCAAUGUAAUCUCACCAGUCCUGAUGCGUCCGGAGAAGGUCUGGAGCAACUUUUGGGGUGCGUUGAGCAGCCAGGGAUUCUAUGCACGCUCCAACGACUAUAUGGACAUCGUGGGUCGGAAACUGCUCGGUCUGUGGAAUGUGCCGUUCGUCUCAAUCGUGUACUUAGUGAAGAGCGAGCUCCUUUCCGAUGUUAGUUAUGAGUUACCGGAGACUGAUCCCGACAUGGCCAUGUGUUGGCAUUUGCGUUCAAAAGGCAUUUUUAUGCAUGUGAUUAACGCCGAGAAGUACGGACAUUUGAUCGACACCGAAUACUUUGAUAUGACCCGCACACAUCCUGAUUUUUAUCAACUGUUCAAUAACCAACUUGACUGGGAGGAGCGCUACUUAUCGCCGGAGUACAAGGAACAGCUUGAUCCCAGCUUUGUCCCACAGCAACCCUGCCCAGACGUGUACUGGUUCGCGAUCGGUUCGGAGCGAUUUUGUGAUGAUCUUCGCGAAAUCGUAGAAGCAUUCGGAGUGUGGUCAGAUGGUUCACAUACCGAUAAGCGGCUGCAGGGUGGCUACGAAGCUGUUCCCACUCGUGAUAUUCAUAUGAACCAGGUCGGUUUGGAACAGGUGUGGCUGAAGCUACUGCAACUCUACGUGCGUCCUCUCCAGGAGAAAGUGUUCACCGGGUACUUCCAUGAUCCCCCACGUUCGCUUAUGAACUUUGUUGUUCGAUAUCGCCCAGACGAACAGCCAUCGCUUCGACCACAUCACGACUCGUCGACCUACACGAUCAACGUCGCGUUGAAUUCGGCCGGUGUGGAUUAUGAAGGAGGCGGAUGUCGAUUCCUGCGCUACAACUGCUCCGUCACCGACACGCGCAAGGGCUGGAUGUUAAUGCACCCCGGUCGUUUAACACACUUCCAUGAGGGAUUGCUCACGACGAAGGGAACCCGCUACAUUAUGAUAUCCUUCGUAGAUCCGUAAAAUGUUUCUAAAGCAUAUUCAUCUUGAAAUCACCACCCUACUUUCGGUCAAAAUACCAAAAACACUAAAAAACUAGCCAUGUCCUUACCCAAAUAUAGUCUUCUUUUUGUCAUCGAAACACAAGCAUUAUCCAGUGCAUAGCGUAAGAGUGUGUUCAAGACUUAACUGUGCCAUGUGACAGUUUUUAUUUACGUAUUAUGUAGAGUCAAAU